AAAAGGAUGUGAAAAUAUUAGAAUUGAUUCUCUUAAAACCCAUGAAAAGAGUAAACAACACUUACGCAGUGUUGAUAGACAUGUUAAUGUUAAUGAGCAGUCAACUUCACAGGCAACUUCAUGUUUGACUAAACUGAAUAAAUCUCAAAUUGGCCAGCUGUCUAUCAAAAUGAGAACUGCUCAUUUUAUUGCCAAGCAUCACAAGUCAUUCUUAGAUUAUAAACACAUUUGUGAACUGGACAAAAUGAAAGGGUUAGAUGUUGGAACAUCUUACACGACAGAUAAAGGGGGUGCAACAUUAUUGCAGUCUAUCUCGAGUGUCACCAGGGCAUAUGUUUGCCAGAGUAUUACUUCAGCUAAAUUCUUCUCUUUCACCUGCGAUGGUUCCAGUGACUUUACAGGGGAUGACUACGAGUCUAUUUACACUUGUACAUGUACAAAUGGGAUAAUUCAGGACCAGUUCUUAUCCAUUGGGAUUGCCAAGUUUGCUUCAUCUAGUGACAUACAUGACCACAUUUGUGAAAACUAUACAAGGCUUGGCUUAGAAAAUGAGUUCAAGGCCAAGCUUGUCGGAUUCUGUUCAGAUGGAGCGUCAAAUAUGCAGGGUCAUAAAUCUGGUCUAGUGGCUCUACUUCGAAAAACCCACCCCCACAUAGUGACUGUCCACUGUCUGGCUCAUAGGCUUGAACUUGCCUUUAAGGACACUAUUAAGAAAGUCCCACUGUAUGAAAAAAUGAUGACUCUUCUCCUUGGGCUCUACUACUUGUAUAGGAAGAGUCCAAAGUUGAAAAUGGGUCUAAAGAGAUCAUUUGAGGCUCAUCAGACCAAAAUGUUGUUGCCAACACGUGUUGGUGGUACCAGAUGGCUACCACACCUCGACUUAGCCAUCAGGAACUUCAUCCGAGGCUACAAAGCUGUUAGAAGUCACCUGGAGUCAUCGUCACACACAAGCCCAAAAGCUGAAGGACUGGCUAAAAUCGCUGGUGACUCCAAUUUGCUGGGUUUUGUCCUAUCUCUGCAGGCAGUCAUUCAGCCACUGGUGCGACUUAGCCUUAACCUACAGAAGGAUGACCAGACACUUGCUGACGACCACUGUCAUGUUGAGGCAACACGGGCUGUACUUUCACAUCUAACAGAGAAAGUAUGGCAAUACAGAGGUCAAAGCUGCAACAGCUCACUUCCAGUCAGUUCUUGAGGCAGCUGGUGUUGAGGUAGACCUAAUCCUUGGUGAAUGGCAGCUACUUAAACAACUUGUUUUUCAGAAGUAAGUGUGGUUAUGG